AGAGCGUUAGAGGCGCCUCUUUAGGUCUCUGGCUACAGAGCUACACGCCACGCCAGCUCAUCAUUGCCGUAUAUCCCAAGCUUUCGAAGCUGCGCACAUCCAAGAGGAAACUGCAUAGAUAUAGGCUGCACUUUCUGCAACUUCUGCUUCAUUGGCUCAUCCGGCCCAUACAACACCCUUCUUGUAAGCUCCUCGCCAGCAAAGCGGGGCGCGGAUCAACCUAGCACGUCCAUUCGAAUCGAGCACGCGCGAACAUGCCCUUCUCGGACUCUCUUGACCAAUCGCAGAGCUCUCAAGAAGCCUCGAAAUCUUCAGCUCUCCCUUCAGACCCUCGACCCAGCACAUCCGCUCCCACUCUUGCGCCUUCCGCCUUCAAUGCGUUCUACACCAACAUACGCUCGCACCUGUCGCUCGACCCGACUUGGUCCGCCGUUCAAGAACGUGUCCUCUUGGAGCCCUUCUCCUACCUGGCCUCCAAUCCCGGCAAGGAGAUACGCGGAAAACUCAUCGAUGCUUUCAAUUGCUGGCUGAGACUGCCGGAGGAGAAGCUGGGUAUAGUGAAGGAUGUGGUGGGCAGGCUGCACACGGCCAGUCUUCUCAUGGAUGAUGUGGAGGACAAUUCGGACUUGAGAAGAGGAAUUCCCGUAGCGCACAAAAUCUACGGAGUACCUCAGACGAUCAACACGGCCAAUUACGUCUACUUUCAAGCUUUCAGUUUGAUCUUCUCCAUGGGCACACCUUCAUCCUCGCGCGUCAGCGUGGAAAGGCUCGUCAAUGAUGAGCUGAUGAAUCUGCAUCGAGGACAAGGGUUGGACCUUUUUUGGCGAGACGCUUUGAUCUGUCCAACAGAGGAGGAGUACGUAGAUAUGGUCAACAACAAGACUGGCGGUCUGCUUCGCAUCGCUGCAAAGCUCAUGAUGGCACAUAGUGGCCUGUACGCAGACUCAGAGAGCGCAACAAACGCCCAGCACAGCGCUCCUGAUCUCUUGCCGCUUGUCAACCUCAUCGGACUGCUCUUUCAGAUCAGGGACGAUUACAUGAAUCUGCAAUCCGCAGCGUACGCUUCCAACAAGGGUUUUGCGGAGGAUCUUACGGAAGGGAAGUUCAGCUUUCCCCUCAUACAUGGCAUUCGCGCUUCUGCCUCUGAUUUGGACCAGUCGCAGGAGCGAACGCACGCCCCUCCUUCCACACCCGCCCAUCUUCCAAGGCCGGGCAUUUCCCCCGUAAACAGCGCAUCGAACGUUCGCAAGACGUCACCGCCAAGCAGACCCAGCACUUUGUCCAGUCCAGAGACGGUCCCUCCCAAUCGACGUCUCUUGUCCAUACUUGCUCAAAGACCGUCAGACGAGGCUACGAAGCGGUACGCCGUCCAUUACCUCAAAGACGUCACUCGUUCCUUCCACUACACCAUCGGCAUCAUGCAUCACCUGGACGGUGUCGUCGGUGAGGAGAUCGACAAGGUGGAGGCGGUCCUUGGACAGAAUCCGGCUUUGAGGUCCAUCUGCCUCGCCUUGCGAGCUGGCUGGUGGGGUGCAGAUGGAGGAGACGAAAAGUGGGCGUCGGGCGCGAGUUGAGAGAGAGACAGCAGGCGGAAAGGCGAG